GUUGUAAUGUCAUUCCCAGAUGUCAUCAUACCUAGCCACGUCGAAACUGUGUUUUCAUGUUGGUGCUGAAUUUUGUUGAAAAUAUUGUGUUAAACUGUUCGUGAACUUAGUACAAUCGUUGCAAAAUGCCGCUAAGGUUGGACAUCAAAAGAAGGCUUACGUCGCGGUCGGACCGAGUAAAAUCGGUUGAUCUGCACCCGACGGAACCAUGGAUGCUGUGCGCGCUGUACAAUGGCCACGUACACGUGAUGAACUACGAAAACCAACAGCUGGUCAAAGAUUUCGAGGUGUGCGAUCUACCGGUACGCUGCGCCCGAUUUGUGGCACGCAAGAACUGGAUCCUCACAGGCUCGGACGACAUGCAGGUACGCGUGUUCAACUACAACACCCUCGAAAAGGUGCAUUCCUUCGAAGCGCACACCGAUUACGUCCGCUGCAUCGCCGUACACCCAACGCAACCGCUUAUUCUCACGUGCAGUGAUGACAUGCUGGUGAAGCUGUGGAACUGGGAGAAGAUGUGGGCAGUACAGCGCGUCUUCGAGGGACACACACACUACGUGAUGCAGGUCGUGUUUAAUCCGAAGGACAACAACACAUUCGCCAGUGCAUCGCUCGACCGUACGGUGAAAGUGUGGCAGCUCGGAUCGAACGUGCCAAAUUUCACGCUCGAGGGCCACGAAAAGGGUGUGAACUGUGUGGACUACUAUCAUGGCGGCGAUAAACCGUACCUCAUUUCCGGGGCCGACGAUCGGCUGGUCAAAAUUUGGGACUAUCAGAACAAAACGUGCGUCCAAACGCUGGAGGGCCACGCGCAGAACGUUUCCGCCGUUUACUUCCAUCCGGAGCUGCCGAUUCUGCUGACCGGGUCCGAGGAUGGAACGAUCCGAAUUUGGCAUUCGGGCACCUACCGGCUGGAGACAUCGUUAAAUUAUGGAUUCGAGCGGGUGUGGACAAUUGCCUGCAUGCGUGGAACAAACAACGUGGCGUUGGGCUACGACGAAGGUUCCAUCAUCAUAAAGGUCGGCCGCGAGGAACCAGCCAUGUCGAUGGAUGUGAAUGGAGGAAAAAUCGUGUGGGCCAGACAUUCCGAAAUGCAGCAAGUGAAUCUGAAAGCGCUCCCCGAAGGAACGGAAAUCAAAGACGGGGAACGCCUGCCGGUCGCGGUGAAGGAUAUGGGUGCAUGCGAAAUCUAUCCCCAAACAAUUGCCCACAACCCGAACGGAAGGUUCGUGGUGGUGUGCGGCGACGGCGAGUACAUCAUCUACACAUCGAUGGCCCUCCGCAAUAAAGCGUUCGGUUCCGCGCAAGAGUUUGUGUGGGCAUCGGAGAACAGCGAGUAUGCGGUGCGUGAAUCGAGCGGCACGGUGAAGCUGUUCCGUAACUUCAAGGAACGCAAAAGCUUCACCCCGGACUACGGUGCAGAAGGUAUCUUUGGAGGACAGCUACUGGGUGUGAAAACUUCGUCCGGCUUAACGUUCUACGAUUGGGAAAAUUUGGAGCUGAUCAGACGAAUUGAAGUGCAGCCGAGACAUGUGUUCUGGAACGAGGCGGGCACUUUGGUGUGUCUGGCCACCGAAGAUUCGUACUUCAUACUGAAGGUGGACAUCGGAAUGAUUCAAAAUGCACUGGCUACGAAGCAACAGCUGAGCGAGGAUGGUAUCGAAGAAGCGUUCGAUGUUUUGGGUGAGGUGAACGAACUGGUGCGCACCGGUCUGUGGGUUGGCGAUUGUUUCAUCUACACCAACUCGGUCAACCGUAUCAACUAUUAUGUUGGCGGUGAGAUCGUUACCGUUUCCCAUCUCGAUCGAACCAUGUAUCUGCUUGGCUACGUGCCGAAAGACAACAGGCUAUAUCUGGGCGACAAAGAGCUGAACGUGACCAGCUUCGCACUGUUGCUGUCCGUGCUCGAAUACCAGACAGCCGUCAUGCGGCGCGACUUUGAAACGGCCGAUCGUGUACUGCCAACCAUCCCGAAGGAGCACCGCACCCGGGUGGCCCACUUCCUGGAGAUGCAAGGCUUCCGUCAACAGGCACUGCAGGUUUCGAUCGAUCCGGAGCACCGUUUCGAGCUGGCACUGAAGAUAGGCGAUCUGGAUACGGCGCUGCUGCUGGCCCGCGAGUCCGACAGCCCGCAGAAGUGGAGCCAGCUCGCGAGCAUCGCCACCAGCAAGAACAAGUUCGAGCUCGUGAAGGAGUGUCUGACGAACGCAAACGAUUACGGUGGACUCCUGCUGCUGGCAACCAGCACGGGCGACUCGGACAUGCUGCGGAAUCUGGGCGAGAACGGUGUGACGCAGGGCAAGUUCAACAUCUCCUUCCUGUCCAUGUUUCUGCUCGGUGAUUUGGAGAAAUGUCUAGAGAUCUUGAUUCAAACCAAUCGGAUACCCGAAGCGGCAUUCUUUGCUCGGACGUACUUACCAAGCAAAAUUUCACACGUGCUCGACAUCUGGCGUACGGAGCUGGCCAAAAUCAAUGAAAAGGCCGGCCAAAGCUUAGCCGAUCCGGAGCAGUACGAAAAUCUGUUCCCGGGAUUUUACGAUUCGGUCAAAACACAACAAUUUCUGCUCCCGGAACGAAGCACACUUCUACCCGCCAAUGUCGCUACCAAAGUACCGCUCAACAUUGACCGCACGCCCAUUGAAGAGAUGAAAUUGGCGGAAAACGAAGGAAAGUUUGAUUAUAAUCCAAGUGCAAACAGCGAAGCCGUUGUAUCAUUACCGAAUGGAAACGUUGGCGAUAGUGUUGCUCCAUCGGUUUCAAAACAUCCCGAGCCACCAACGGUCGUAAGCAGCAGCCACUCUGCUGACAGCAGCACUACGCAGCUACCGCCCGUCAGCGUGCCACCGACGAUAAAUGCCGGUGCGGCUGCGGUUGGCAAUGUAGCAGCUGCCGCGCAGGUAAAACGGAAAAGCUCUCUCGAAGACUUCGAGUCCGAGAUAGAAGCGCUGAUGGAUGAUAAUAUUGACACUUCGGAUGUAAAUAUAGACGAUGUGGAGUUGAGCGAUGAUUGAGCGUACGACAUGGGGACACGGCCACCGCCAAUCACAAUAGCCACUGGUAAAGCGGGGCUGUCACACUGCUGAGACGGGAUGUUUAGCAAAAGUAUUGUUUUUUUCCCCCUUACUUCACGACUCCAUACAUAUAUAUGAUGCGUGUGUAGAAUGCAUUGUUUCAGUGAAAGAGAGAAAGAGAGCGCCAGGCCAGCAUACCAGCACACCAGCACUACUACUAUUCUUCCACCGUGUUAUCCUCCUCCGUUGUGGUGCAACGAUAAUAUAUUCCGCAUAAAGCAGCAUCGGUACGGUUAUGUUGAGUUGAAUCGAUCGGUAUCUCGAUGCAAAGCAAACAAGCAUUCAAAUAAAACAACAAAUAAUUAUUUGGGCAUAUAGUUAUCACACAAAACCAUUCCCACACACACACACACACACAUGUCUUUAGGGGUAAUUGCUAGAUGCAAAGAGACCACAAGAAGUAUCAUUUAGCUGUAACGAUAUUUUUUCUUAGUAAGUAUUCGUGAAUAUUUUUGACCAGUCCCUGUUGCAAUAAUAUGAUUUCGACCCGGCUAAAGGAUUGGUUGGCUUACUUGGUGAUGAAAUGAGUAUUGAAACGUUUGGAACUGGGGCAUUGCCACACAAGCUGUUGCAAUCAUAUUGCUGUCCACGUCACAUAAUGGUGUCCACGUCGGUUUUGCUUGUCUUUUGUGCUUCUGUUUUUAAUCUCCAUGUACAUCAUGAAAGGAUUGGUCCAGCUAAUUUGUAUUGUUAACGCUGUAGGAAGUGAAGUGAAAAUGUUAUAACCUUUCUGGAGGGAAUUUAUGUCGUAGAGAAACACACCAACUACCAACCGCAGCAACGUUUCUUUACCACCCUCACUAUAUCGAUAUAAUAACACUUAGCUGUAAGAAAACAUUAUAAAA